CUCGCACCACACACCACAGCACGCAGGCUCGAAAGGGAAGGAGGGUUGUAUUAAGGUACUAGAUGUCUUUGCUGUGCUCGCGCUGCUGCUGCAGCAGCAUUGGCCGGAAGCCGCGCGGCGUGAGUGGCAGCGCCGGCAGCUGCGGCGCCGUGCGUGGCGUGCCCGGGGUGCCCGGUGUCGUCGGCUGUGCGGUGCCAGUCCGCGGAGUCGACGGCAGCGGCGGCAGCGCCGACAGCGACGGCAGCGGCAGCGGCAUGGGCGCCAGCGGCAGCGGGGACGGCGGCGCGGCUCGCCGCUUCUUCUGCUGGAGGCGAGACGGUGUCAGCCAGGGCCGACACCGCCUCAGCGCUGCCCGCAUCCCCGCCGCGGCGCCCCUCGCCGCGACAUCACUGCUUCUUCAGGCUGCUACCCGAGGCCGAAGAGCGCCUGGUCAGGCCUGCAACGCCCGCGGCGCCCUUCUUCUCGAGCUCGAUGCUCUCCAUCGACCAGCGCGCCGCGGCGGCGGCCUCGGGCGUCGCACCCGUCACCGUCACGCCGGGCAGCGGCUUCUCCGCCUCCUCGUCGACCUUCGUAUCUUUGCUGCUCACUUCCAUCGUCGACGGGGCGUAGCGCGACUUGUGCUCUUCGCCCACCGCCGUGGGCACCGGCGAGGGCAUCCAUGCGUUGGUGGCGGUGGCCGGCGGCGGCGCCUGGAUGGACAGGCGGCUGGCCGCGCGCGUCUGCUCAAACUGCGAGUAGCGCGCCGCAAAGCCGCUGACGUCGCUCUUGAUGCUCGACUUGGACGAGGAGGCGUUCGAGUUCGUGCGGCUGUGGCCCGUGUUCCACUUGGCGUGCAGGUCGGAGCGCUCGAUCAUCGUGCCCUGGCUGGACGGGCGCGACUUGAGCGGCGUGAGCGCGUCGGACACUUGCGGCGGCGCCAGCAUGGCGGCCGACACCUGCGGCGCAAUGCGGUGCCACGGGCACAGCGGGAACAUGGCGGCGCAGACGAGCUCCGGCGUGGCGAAGAUGACGUAGAACGGGUACUGCGGCCGCUGUCAGCGAGACGCCUCCGCGUCGCAAGUCUCGCACGUACGGGCACGGUGAUCUGGAGGUGCAGCACGGUCUGCAGUAGCCGGUAGAGAGAGACGAAGCCUGUGGACGCAGUGGGGUGAGCUCAGUGCCGUCCUCGCUCCCUCAAACAAGCUCACCGAGGAGCGCGAGCAUGAUGAGAAACAGGCCGGCUUUGCGCAACUCAGAUCCGCGCGACCCGACGAUGCGCGCGUCACCGCGGCGCGCUGCAGCCAAGACGAAAGUAAAUGC